AUGGAAACACAAGUUCCGAACGACACCGUCACUUCCGCCGACGACUCGGAGUUCUACGAACUGUCGCCUUUCGAGCUGGUACGUCUUUUUUCGAUGCUUGACAACCGUGUACCUUCUGAAACAGAUUUCCGAACUGAAACUUGAAAAAAACUCGACCUCAACGUGUGAUGAGCACUUUUGAAUCGAAAUCAAACGAAUCUGAGCAAAUGGUGAAGCAGAAAAGUGCAAUAGUUUUUCUACCGUCUAUUCAAACCGACGUAUCUCAGCUGUCUGCAGAGCUAUAAAAAAGUUGUCGACUAAUAAAAUGUGCACAACAUUAUAAUGAACACUUUAUUAGUUGACAACUUUUUGAUACAUCCACUGCCAAAUGAGAUACUCUGUGUUGUAUAAACGUAAACGUAAUCCAGAUUCUUCCCCAAUAUUUAGCGAACUUUUGAAACAAGCUUCCCAUGUCUGUAAACACUCGGAUCUUUGAUUCUCCACACGGAAGUUUUCAAUAUCGCUUCCAGAAAUGUUCGAAGUGACAAUAUCGCGUGAGCCCCCAUGUUUUUCCGGGCCCAAAAAGCAAAAAAGCGUAUUUAAAAUUAAAAUCGCUCUAGCCUUCGCCGAAAUUGAAUCUUUCUCAUCGGCAUCGGCUAUACACACCCAUUUCGUGUGGAUUUGGGAACAGAAAAAAGAGAGAGGGGGGGGGGGGGAAAGUGAGAGUAAUUACGGGCGAUAAUUGACCGGAAAGACGGACGGAUUCUUCUGAAAAUGUCUGAAAAUGCGCGCAACGGCUCUCGAGCUGAGAACGAUCAGAAGGACCAAGUUUCGGAAGAGCCCAAACAUGUAUUACAGAAAAAAUUCAAAAAUGUCUAGAUGUUACCAACUUGAAAUUGUAAUUCACAACUUUUUCUUAUCCGUAGGGUCCUUAGAAAACUCAAGUUCCAAUUUUGAUCGCAUGUUGACGAAAAGAAGGAAUGUUAGAAUCUUCAGUACCGUUAAUUCAAAUCACUGUAUCUCAGUUGCCGUUUGAGAUAUCAAAAAAUUGUCAACUGAUAAAAUAUUCAAUAUAAUAUUCUGCACAUUUUAUUAAUUGACAACUUUCCGAUAUCUCUCCCGGCUGCUGAGAUAAAUUGCAUUGAAAUCCGGAAUUGAUCGCGUCCUAACAAACCACCGAUCCAAAACCGAAUAUUGUUUUGCAGAUAGUAUGGUGCAUGCUGUACGCGAUCAUCGCGUUCAUGGCCGUCCUUGGCAACCUCCUCGUCCUCUACAUUACCCUUUUCCGAUUGAGGUCAGUUCGGAUUUUGGCGUUUCCAGAAACCCAACACUUUUCGUGUAUACGCAUCGCUCGUUUUCACACGCCUUUUAGUCGAGCGCUUAAGGAUCGAGUUUCAAAACACGAAUUGGAGGGGGAAAAAACAGAAAUCUCGAGCAUAAUCUAGUGAGGUUUUGGCGGCGGGGCGAUUUACGUGCAGAGGAAGCGAAAAAAAAAGAGAAUGGAAAGACACUAAACAAAAAAAAGUUCAGUUUCACAUGCCUUUUGUUUGCAGAGUUCGUUCGAUCACGACCUACUUCAUUCUGAACCUCGGCUUCGCGGACCUCUUCACCGGCAUCUUUGCGAUUCCGUUCAAGUUCCAGGCGGCCCUUUUCCAAGUGAGUUGUUGACGGAACAACAACACCAAAGAAAAAGUCUGCAACAGAACGGAUUCAAAGCGAUUAAUCUUGCCGCUUCGCUUGUUUUUUGUGUGCGAAAAAGAUGAUAAAUUGUGAUUCGGUGAAGAAGUGAACAACGGCGCCGGCGAAAACAACAAUAGUCGGAGAGAGAGAGAGAGAGAAGAUCAGAAAUCGAGGGGGGAAGCGGAUGAACCCUGUGAAACUGUGGGGAAAACAGAAAGAAGCGGACGGAUAACAAAAGGCUGUUACCACUUCCCCGAACUCUCCAUUUUUGAUGAGCUUCGACAAAAGAAUACAUUUCUGGCCAGGCGGGGCUCAGCGGGCUCAUGGAUAAGAGGGGGCACUGCCGACUUGCAGGGAAAAUUAAGGUGUUCGGCUUAUCGAAAAGUUAUUCCAGGAAUGGUUCCUGCCACGACCGCUGUGUCGGAUAGUGCCCUACGUGGAAACGGUGGCGCUGACGGUGUCAGUCUUCACGCUCGUCACCUCGGCCGUCCACGAAUUCCGCACAAUGUUCUUCUCAAAGUGCUCGCAGAUGAGCCCAAAGUCGGCGAAACGAUGCGUGCUGCUGAUCUGGAUCAUGUCGGUGAUAGUGUCGCUCCCGCACGGACUGUUCCACAACACCUACGAGUUUCCGGACAAUGAGACCACUAUUGUGCAGGUAUGUAAUUGAUGGGGACUUUUCGAGAACGAAACACAUCCGUUUCAGUGUCUGCCGGUGUACGCGGACGCCGGCUGGUGGAAGUUCUACAACGUGUACCUCGUCAUUAUUCAGUACUUUGUGCCGAUGGUCAUUCUCGACACGGCCUACACAAUGAUCGCCGUCAAAAUCUGGACGAUGAGCAAGAAUCGCGUCGAGGUGGACGAGACGAAGACGGCGAAUCAGAAGGUGAGGAGAGUGUUUGUGUGCGCCGGAAUGGAUCUGUUCGCAAUGUGCCCCUUUCUGAUUGCUUCUCCCUCAACUUUGGCAUCACUGAAAUGUUUCCUCAGCUUUUGGGUUUCGAGCAAAAGUUAUAGUUUCAAGACCUUACAUCAUCAAUAAUUUGAGCACAUGAGCGAGUCUUCUUCGCACCUCAGAAACAUUUAAUACGCGACUCAAUAAAUUCGCCAAAAAAUGAGUAAUGUAAUUGUGUAUGUUCCAUGGCCACUUGAGAUUUCCAGUCGUGCAGAGAAAGUACUGCUGUUUCAGCAAGUUUUGAAGUUCACUCAAUUGAAUCGAAGCUCCAGUAUUGCUUUCGUUUUUAUGAGGAAAACGGAAUACAAUCAUUUUUUGCACAGCCUGAAUAACCCCAUUAUAAGUUGAAUAUGAGAACGAACGCUUCACGUUUUCUGCACUGAUUUCGCAUCGCCCCUCCACCGCACCCUUCUUAUCCCAAUCCAUUCCGCGUAGCUGCCCGUGUCGAUGCUCAAAACGUCUCAGUUAUCGCAGCUGAUGCGCACGCUCAUCAUCGUCGUCGCCUGCUUCUCGCUCUGCUGGUUUCCGCUCGAGACGUAUCUGGCGCUGAACGAGCUGAAACCGGAGAUCAACGGCUGGAAGUACAUCAAUCUGGCGUUCUUCUUCUCGCACUGGCUCGCCAUGAGCAACUCCUGCCUCAAUCCCAUCAUCUACGGGCUUUAUAAUGUGAGUGAGACGACGACUAGUUGGCGGCCGCAGAAAAACGGAUAGCGUUUCAGACAAAGUACAACGAGGAGUAUCGUCGGCUUUUCCGCCAAAUCGGAUGCGUUUGGCGUCGACGAAAAAGUUUGAGUGACACGGUACGCUGAUUCUAGUUAAAUUUGAUCAAAAGUAAUCAAUCAACGAACACUUGAAUCAUUUGAAAUGUACUUGAAACCGAGAAAGUCCACUUAUUCAGACGAAGCCCGAACGCCGAUGGAACUCCUCAAACGACUGUCGAGAUCAGCACGAAAUCGACCAGAUCGUCGACGGAUCUUCGUCUUUCUCGGCACCGCCCGGCACUGCCGCUCACCAAUAAACGUGUACUUUUUGACAAACACAAGGUCGCAAUAAAGUUAUUCGAGUUUUGCACUACAAAUCUUUGAAAUCUCGUUUUGGCCUUCUUCGUUUGUUUUUUCAAGCAACGUCUUCGGCCGAACCUCGGGGGUUCCAUUCAUUAUCUGUUUGACCGUUCACUCUCUGUUCUUCCAUUUCCAAUCAAUAAUAUCCGUUCUCCUUCCAAACCCUCGACAAAGUACAGAGCUGCCAGGGCCAAAUCUGCCAGAGAGAAGAAGAAGAAGGCCGCGCGUGCUCCAGAAGCCGUUCCCGCUGCUCCAGCCGCCGGAGAAGUGAUAUACAAGCUGCAGUCGUCGGACGGCGUCGUCUUGCCGAUCACGAGAUCGGCCCGCAGGAACUGUUCGACCUCAUCUCCGCCACCAACUACUUGGACGCGAAGCGCCUGCUCUACCUGGCGUGCAAGCGAGGCGCCGAAGUUCUCAAGGACGGCUUCGAUCACGGACCCGAAGCCGAAUGA